GCGAACAUUCCUUUGGAAAGGCUGUGGGAAAGGUCUUUACACAUGCUAAGAAUAGGGAUUAAAAAAAUCAAAUCACUCAUGAGAACACCUGCUCCAGAAAAUUCGAAUAUAAUUACCCGCUUCAGAUCGAAUAAAUUCAUCGUAUGAAAUAAGAAAAAAUUAUAAUUCUGGUUUUGUGCUUUGCGGUAAAAAUGACACGCGGAGGACUUCGACAACUGGUGCUCAUUAUUGGUCGUCUUUCUUUUUUAAAUCGUAUUAUACGCUGUAUGGGGGACCGGCAGAUUCCACAAUGAUUUAGAAAAUCCUUAACUACUGGCUACCUGUAUCGUCGAAGGAUCGAAUCCCACCCAGUCCAAUAUAAACACAUUCGGUCACUUUCUCAUAACCAUUUUCGUCUGUCGUUUUUGUAUGUUCUAAACGAUGUUUGGUCAUGCGUUCAAAUCCGACCCGGUUUCGAAAAUACCAUUACGUACUUGUGAGUAAAAACGCGAAUAAAGUAAUUAUAAUUUGAUGAUUUCAACUUUGGUGUGGAGUUUUUUGCAGAAGAGUUCCAUUUCUGUGCCAUCGGUUUCUCUGCCCCAUUUUUAUAAUGUCGUUAAAUUCCCAUCGGGAUAAACGAGACGCCGGCUAUGUAUUUGCCUCACAAUUUCCGACCAAUUGUUAAGGUCAGCUGAAGAUUUAAAGUUUGCAUAAGUUCUAUGUCUCCUGCAUCCUAGGACUUAUCAGGGAAAUGAAAUCUCAAUCUAAGCAGGUGAUUUUGGGAAUUUCCAUUGGUGUGACUGUUGGCUUGAUAUUAGUAGCCUGUUUCCUCCGCUGUAUCAUAUGGCAUAGAAAGCGUUCUAAAGACCAACUGAGCAGGAAUAUUCAAAGUGGUGUAUCACUUCCCAUUCGUGUUAAUGGCAUUGAUUCAAGUACAAUACUUUCAGAGUCUGUAAUUGAUCAGAGAGCAACUCUAGCAACCAAUCAAAAUGGCCAUUCAACUUGGUGGGGAAAACAUGAGAAAGAUUUUGUUUCUUCAGCCUCUGGAAUUCCAAGAUACUCAUACAAGGAUCUUCAGAAGGCAACACAUAAUUUUACAACAUUACUGGGACAAGGUGCAUUUGGGCCAGUAUACAAAGCUAUGAUGCCUACAGGUGAAACGGUAGCUGUUAAAGUGUUGGCAACAAAUUCCAAGCAAGGGGAAAAGGAGUUCCAGACAGAGGUGUCAUUGCUAGGAAGGUUGCAUCACAGAAAUCUUGUAAAUUUGGUUGGAUACUGUGUGGACAAAGGUCAACGAAUGUUGGUUUAUGAGUUCAUGACUAAUGGAAGUCUUGCAAAUCAUUUGUAUGAUGAAAAGGGACGAACCUUGAGUUGGGAAGAAAGAGUUUCCAUAGCCCAAGAUGUAUCACGUGGAAUUGAAUAUCUUCAUGAUGGGGCUAUACCACCAGUUGUACAUCGAGACAUAAAGGCUGCCAAUAUACUGUUAGACCAUCUUAUGAGAGCCAGGGUUGCUGAUUUUGGUCUCUCCAAAGAGGAAAUCUAUGAUGGCCACAAGUCAGGUCUCAAAGGAACAUACGGUUACAUGGACCCUGAGUAUAUGUCAACAAACACUUUCACACAGAAGAGUGAUGUAUACAGCUAUGGUAUCUUUCUUUUUGAACUGAUUACGGGGAGGAAUCCACAACAGGGACUUUUGGAUUACAUCAAUCUUGCUGCAAUCAAUGCAGAGGACAAAUCAGGGUGGGAUGAGAUACUAGAUUCACGGCUUAAUGGAAAAUGUGACUUCGAAGAAUUUCGUACCAUAGCAGCUCUUGCAUAUAAGUGUAUUCAAAAGAAUCCAAGGAAGCGGCCAGCUAUGCGAGAGAUGGUACAAGCUUUAUCGAAACUCCAAAAGAAAAAGGUUAUCGAGAAUCUGAGCCGAGCAUCAUCAGUUGUAGGGGACGGAAACUCUGAAGUUUUAGAGCGGAUAGAACUUCAGAUAGCCCAGUUGAACAAAUUAAGCAACAUAUCAGAGAAUCAUGAAGCUUGAUUGUAUAUUUCUGAGACAAAUGGGUUUGUGCAGGGUCAGGGGCAUUGAUAAUGCUAUAUGCAGCAUUUAGUCAGUGGAAUUAGGAAGUUAUUUUUUAACCAGGGUUAGCAAGGCAAUAUAAGCUUGUUCUCUGAUUCUAACAUUUUGAAAAGGUUUGCCAGAUAUCAGUUAUGGUUCUGCAUCUUAAGAUGGUGCUUAACUUUUAAUGUAUGACACUAGGGCAGCUGAAGAUUAAGUCAGUCAAGUGGAAUCAGUCUGAUUUUUGCAGAUAUGCUGUGAGAGCUGAUGUAUAUAAGUCAAAUCAAGUUCAAAUCUGGUAUGUUGAGUACAUCCCAUUUAAAUGAAAAUGGGGAUUCGCUGUGCUCAAAUAUUGGACUUGAAAUUCUAUAAUUACAUGAGGUGGCAUAUUAUGAUAUGGCAAGUUAUCAUCAACAGAUCGUCUUUCACAACUGAUUUGGUGAUUUCUGAUCUGCUUCUUUGUGUUUUUUUUAUUGGGCUUCCGUGUUGAUUGUAAUAGUAGUAGGUGAUUGAAAUUGUAUUCAAGGCCAUGUUUGACGAUGUUGUCAAGACUUGGGAUAUGAAGCCCUUUAAUGUCGGAAAAAAAAAACGGACCAUUGGCUUGUGCUUCAAAGAAUGGCAUGAUCAGGCUCAUUUUCACAAGAAUUAAAAGCCGGGAACAAUGAGUGAACUGUGGCCAUGUACAAUAUAAGGCUUAUAUUGGUGAGCAUUUAAACAAGGGAACAUGUGGUUAAAGAAGGCUGUAACAUGCAAGAGCUUAUAAGAGCAACAAAAUGGGGGAAAACUUAAGUUUAUAUUAAACUCCUCAAUUUGCACAUUUCACAUCAAGUAACUUUGUUUAAAUUUUGCGUGAUUGUUUGGCACAAGGUAUGUUGGCCCUGAAAUA